AGGUGGAUCGCAUCAUUGCCCAGAUGAUGCACGUGGCCAAGUACCUGGACUGGGACGUGACGGAACUUAAACCUAUUUUGAGGGACAUGAUGAAUGAGAUUGAUUAUGACAGGAAUGGAACCGUUUCUUUGGACGAGUGGAUCAAAGGCGGGAUGACAACAGCGCCGUUGUUGGUUCUGCUCGGGCUGGAGGCUAGUUUGAAGGACGACGGGCAACAUAUUUGGCGACUGAAGCACUUUAGCCGACCGGUGUUCUGUAACAUGUGCCAAAACAUUCUCCUGGGAAUCAGAAAGCAGGGAUUAUGUUGCACGUUUUGUAAAUACACCGUGCAUGAGAGAUGUGCCUCAAAGGCCCCGUCAUCCUGCAUCCAAACCUAUUCAAAAUCCAUCAAGGACACAAACGUCAUGAAGCACAUGUGGGUCGAAGGGAACUGCAACAUCACUUGCGGAAGUUGCCAAAAGACCAUCAAGAGUUUCCAACGGCUGACUGGCGUCCACUGUGCCUGGUGCCAUGACACUCUCCACAAUGAAUGUAUGCCACCGGAGACGGAGGAGUGUGACUGCGGACAGUUUAAGGACCAUGUGCUGCCGCCCUCCGCCAUCUAUCCCGUGGUUCUGGACAGGCAGAACAGCCUGAAGAAGAAAGAUGAUGAUACUUCUUCGCUGGAUGGGGAGAUGCCGAUCACAACUGUGGAUGGGAAAAUUCUCCAGAUAAUCCCAGUGCCCGACACUCACCCACUGCUGGUGUUCGUCAACCCGAAGAGUGGAGGGAAACAGGGAGAGAGAGUCUUACGAAAGUUCCAGUACCUUUUAAACCCAAGACAAGUCUUCAACCUCGCCAAGGAUGGGCCGAAACCAGGGCUGAAAUUCUUUCAGGAUGUCCCGAAUAUCCGAGUCUUGGUGUGUGGAGGCGACGGCACUGUGGGAUGGAUUCUAGACUCCACUGACAAAAUGCACUUUCCGGUCAAGCCCCCCGUGGCCAUUCUGCCGCUCGGUACAGGCAACGACUUGGCCCGCUGCCUGAGAUGGGGAGGAGGAUAUGAUGGAGAGAAGCUGACAAAGAUCCUGAAAGACAUCGAGGUGGGAAUCCCAACGCUGCUGGAUCGAUGGAGCUUCAAGGUGAUCGAGUCCGGUCAGGAGAAAGGAGAUCCUGUGCCUUACAACAUCAUUAACAACUACUUCUCCAUCGGGGUGGACGCUUCGAUUGCUCAUCGGUUCCACGUGAUGCGCGAGAAGUACCCGGAGAAGUUCAACAGCAGGAUGAAGAACAAGCUGUGGUACUUUGAGUUUGCAACCUCGGAAACAGUCUCUGCCACGUGCAAGAAUCUGCAGGAGGUUCUGGAGAUAGAAUGCUCUGGGACACUCAUCGACCUGAGCAACCUGUCGCUGGAGGGAAUCGCCAUCCUGAACAUCCCCAGCAUGCACGGGGGCUCUAACCUAUGGGGCGAGAACAAGAGAGGAGAGAGCAAGCACCUGCCGAACAAAGACAACGCAGCCAUAACCGACCCAGAGGCCUUGAAGUCAUGCGUGCAAGACCUGAGUGACCGGCUGCUGGAGGUGGUGGGACUGGAAGGGGUGAUUGAGAUGGGGCAGAUCUACGCUGGGCUGAAGAGCGCGGGAAGACGGCUGGCUCAGUGCAGCGAGGUCACCAUCAGGACAAAGCGACUGCUGCCGAUGCAGAUCGACGGUGAGCCCUGGGUGCAGCCUCCAUGCACGAUCAAGAUUACUCAUAAAAACCAGGUGCCAAUGUUGAUGGGUCCUUUCUCAAAGUCGUCUGGAUCGAAAAAGUGAGGUGGCAAAGACACGUGCUCCAAUCAUCAAAUCCUCUCAACCUAGCGGGCUCUUUGUUUCAUUGACUUCUUCAACCCAUCGGACACCAUGUUACACGAUUUCAAAUUCUAUCUCCACCCUUUGCUUUUUUCGGAGCCUUUCAUCCGCAAGCUCUUCAGUUGACAGUUGAUCCCAUGCCCUUCCAUCUACCUUUCACUCCCGUUAACGCGUUGUCUAGGAAUGUAAGCAUAGCGAUCUACCGCGCUCAUCAAUCCAUUGAAAUAUUACGAUGCCUUUAUAUUUUGCCCUAACACACUACCCUGUGAUAGUUUGACUCACAUUGGCAAAUAUCUGGAGUAUAUUCUAGGAAUCUUGCAUGCAAUUUACAGGUGCUAGCUCAUUGUAUACUCAUUGAAGCUUGCUAUUAUAACUGAGAGGCAGUGAUAUCUUGGGAGAAUUUAUUUCAGCCUUUCCGUAAGGGGGUGGAGGGUGAACACUGACCAGACAAAUGGAGAGUUACGGGGCUGUCCCACUUAGGCGCCAUUUGCGAGACAUGCGCGCGCAUGGCGUGCAUGACGCGUGGUGAGGCGUGGUGGCGCGGCGCCCCAGGAUUCUGGGAUGUUGUACAUUCCAACAUUUUGGAGCGCCGCGCGUCACUGCCUACAUCACCACGCACCAUGCGCGCGUCACGACACGUAAAUGACGGGCAAAUCCCAGUUGAAGUGACGGAUCGAUCAGC